CUCGCUUCAAGGCGCCGGGACCCGGGCUGGAAGCAGGGUAUCAGCUAUGGAGCAACCUGGGCAGAAUCCCACCUCGGACGACGUCAUGGACUCCUUCCUGGAAAAGUUCCAGAGCCAGCCUUACCGUGGGGGCUUUCAUGAGGACCAGUGGGAGGAGGAAUUUGAAAAGGUCCCCCUAUUUAUGAAGAGAGCGCCAUCAGAAAUUGAUCCCAGGGAGAAUCCUGACUUGGCUUGUCUCCAGUCAAUUAUUUUUGAUGAGGAGCGUUCUCCAGAAGAACAGGCCAAGACCUAUAAAGAUGAGGGCAAUGAUUACUUUAAAGAAAAAGACUACAAGAAAGCUGUAAUUUCGUACACUGAAGGAUUAAAGAAGAAAUGUGCAGAUCCUGAUUUGAAUGCUGUCCUUUAUACCAACCGGGCAGCAGCACAGUACUAUCUGGGCAAUUUUCGUUCUGCUCUCAAUGAUGUGACAGCUGCCAGAAAGCUAAAACCCUGCCACCUCAAAGCAAUAAUAAGAGGUGCCUUAUGCCAUCUGGAACUGAAACACUUUGCCGAGGCCGUGAACUGGUGUGAUGAGGGACUGCAAAUAGAUGGCAAAGAGAAGAAGCUUCUGGAAUUGAGGGCUAAAGCAGACAAGCUGAAGCGAAUUGAACAGAGGGAUGUGAGGAAAGCCAGCUUGAAAGAAAAGAAGGAGAGGAAUCAGAAUGAGGCUUUACUCCAGGCCAUCAAGGCUAGGAAUAUCAGGCUCUCAGAAGCUGCCUGUGAGGAUGAAGAUUCACCCUCAGAAGGUCUAGGUGAGCUUUUCCUGGAUGGACUCAGCUCUGAGAACCCCCAUGGAGCCAGGCUGAGUCUAGAUGACCAGGGCAGGCUGAGCUGGCCUGUGCUCUUUCUGUACCCAGAGUAUGCCCAGUCGGACUUCAUCUCUGCUUUUCAUGAGGACUCCAGGUUUAUUGAUCAUCUAAUGGUGAUGUUUGGUGAAACACCCUCUUGGGACCUAGAGCAAAAAUAUUGCCCUGAUAAUUUGGAGGUCUACUUUGAAGAUGAGGACAGGGCAGAACUAUACCGGGUGCCUGCCAAGAGCACCUUGCUGCAGGUUCUACAGCACCACAGGUACUUUGUAAAAGCCCUGACACCAGCAUUUUUGGUCUGUGUAGGAUCUUCUCCUUUUUGCAAGAAUUAUCUCCGGGGGAGAAAGGUGUACCAGAUACGAUGACUGAGCCAGGGCCCCUGGAUCUCCUCCCUCACCCUCCUCUGCUGGGAACCUAGCACACCUGAAUCAGCUGGACAUACUGCUGGAGUCCGGUGCUUUAUUUCUGUCACCCUGGGGAUAGUCCUUCCUAGCAUCAUGGUAGGGGAGGAGCCGCUGGAUUCCCCAGACUGCAGCCUCUCUGGCUGGUCUUCACUUUCCUCAGUUGAUGUAAAACUCUGUGCCUUGGCCAUGAUGUCCUUGGACUCCAUCUCUCAAGGGACCAUCUGCCGCAGUUACCACAGCAACUGACCUGAGCCAGCACCCUGGUCUGUGGAGAUGGACUUAGGAUCCAGUGACAUGAUUCUGAACUUCUGUGGAGUUUGACACCUUAGAGAAGCUACCCCUCAAACUGCACAUAUACACACAAACAAUGCAUAGAAUUCCAAGGCUUUAAAGCUGAGAGACCCUGGCCUCGAGUUACUUCACGAGCACAGAGGGGAGCCAUGUGGGGUUGCUGCAGAUGCCUUGAGGUGAAAUGAGGGCAGGAAAGCCACAUCUUGC